GCCGGCGCGUCGCGGCCGCAGUGCAUGCUAGGAUAUGGCGAGCGCACUCAGCUCCUCCCCACGUGUUUGAGCGACUGCAGCGCUGCGAGCAGCAUCAUCUCAUGCAGACUCUCACAGACAGACUCAGAGAUCCUCACACCGAGCAGCGGGAGAACAUCACGGCAACAGCGCUGAGCUUGGAGCGCGAGCGUCAGAUCAGAUCUCCGCUGCAGUGAUUUAGUGGACCGGCGAGGCCUCGGUUUGAAAUCCACUAGCGGCGGUUCCUCCGGUCUUCAUUAUGGCCAGCGGAGAUGAUGACGAUCCAAUUAUACAAGAGAUUGACGUGUAUCUGGCCAGAAGUCUUGUGGAAAAGCUGUAUUUGUUCCAGUACCCAGUGCGUCCUGCUUCUAUGAGCUAUGAUAAUGCGGCGCAUUUGGCAGCCAGAAUUAAACCCAAGCAGCAGAAAGUUGAGCUCGAGGUGGCCAUGGACACCAUGAGUCCGAACUACUGCCGCAGUAAAGGCGAGCAGAUCGCGCUCAAUGUGGACGGCACGUCUUCGGAGGACCCCAGCGUCUACUCGAUGAAAAUGAUGGACAAGCAAACGUUCUCCUCGAUCCAGGCGACCACGAACACGUCCCGCUUCGCUGCGGCUGUGUUUCACAAAGGAGAGCUUCAUCUCACUCCACUGCAGGGAAUCCUCCAGAUGAGACCCAGCUUCAGCUACCUGGAUAAAGCUGAUACUAAACAUAGAGAACGAGAGGCAGCCAACGAAGCUGGAGACUCUUCUCAGGACGAAGCAGAAGAAGAUGUUAAACAGAUCACUGUGAGGUUUUCCCGGCCCGAGUCCGAACAGGCCCGUCAGCGCCGCAUCCAGUCCUAUGAGUUCCUGCAGAAGAAACAGGCUGAAGAGCCCUGGGUUCACCUGCAUUACCACGGUAUAAAGGACGGACGUUCUGAGCACGAGCGCCAGUAUCUUUACUGUCAGGCCAUGGAUGCCACAGAGAACACAGAGCUGGUGAAAACACCGCGUGAAUAUCUGGCCAUGCUUAUGCCUCCACUGGCUGAAGAGAAAGUCAUCAAGCCCAUGGGUCCCAGUAACGUGCUCUCAAUGGCCCAGCUCCGCACGCUGCCUCUGGGUGAGCAAGUCAGGACGCUGAUGAAGAACGUCAAGGUGAUGCCGUUUGCCAAUCUGAUGGGGCUGCUGGCCUCGGGAACGGACUCCAUCGCAGUACUGCGCUGCAUCCAGCAGGUGGCGCUGCUCGUCCAGGGAAACUGGGUCGUGAAGAGUGAUGUGCUGUAUCCCAAAAACACCUGUAGCUCACACAGCGGCGUUCCUGCCGAAGUGCUCUGUCGUGGUCGAGACUUUGUGGAUGAGAAUAUUAGUUUCUUUCCCAAACUUUUGAACAGUGUUCGUUCUGUGUGUUCACGUCGUGUUGUGUUUGCUGCAGCGCCCGCUCACGUCAGCGGAGAUCAGCGUCUGAAAGCGGCGAGGGAGAGCGCUAGAGAAAGCCACGCCCUCAUGCAGAGGGAGCUGGACGCUCGGAGACCGAAGGUGUCUACAAACACGGGCUCGUCCGGUGAAUCUAGCACCCCAGUGCAGGUCAAACAGGAGCCCAUUAGUGACUCUGAAGAGCCCAUGGACACAAACGGCUCGAUCAACGGUUACCCCGACCCUACCUCUCCGCUCUCGGACCCUCAUAACGGACACGGUCACGGUCACGCCUUCACCCCGGAGCUGCAGGAGUUCGUGCGGAGCACCUUCCGGAAGCAUUAUGUUUUGUGCCUGAGUGAAGUGAAGAGGCUGUUUAACCUGCAUCUGGCCAGUUUACCCACGGGUCACUCGGUGUACGGUCACGUGACGGACCGCAUGCUCCAGGACACCAUCCUCCAGAGCCAGUGCAAACAGAUCCUGGUGCCUUUUCCUCCUCAGAGCAACGCUACGGCAGACGAGCAGAAGGUCUUCGGCCUGUGGGAGAGCGGAGAAACCUUCGACAAGCACCGCCAGGUUCUGUACGAGAUCUUCAUGAAGAACUAUCGCGUCAGAAGAAGCGUGAUCCAGACGCGCCUCACUCAGGAGCUCAGUGACGCCGCCACCAAAACCGACGUGGAUCGACUGCUCAAGGAGUGCUGCACGAGUUUGGGAGGGAUGUGGUAUCUGAAGGGAACCGUUCCCUCCUGACAGGAAAGCAGGAGCGCCGGAGAUCCUGUCAAUCACACGUCUCCCCCCCGCCCUCAGAGUUCAGUGAGAGGGAACGCUGCACAGGGGGGGCGGAGCCAAUACACCAACCAAUCACUGCCCUCGAGGACACGCCCACUUCCGGAGCCUCCGCAUACGUUAACCUCUGGUCACAUGAGCAUCUCACGUAAAGUGCUGAAGAUCCAUUCGAUCCUGCGUUUGCGGGAAAUUAAAGUCUAAGGAAAGGAGUUGUGUGCUGAACACAUAAGCAGACUAUCAGUUAAUGCUGGUUUUCUUUUGGUUUCUUUUUUAUGAUUUAAUAUGGAAGUAGGUAUGACAGGAGAUCAUGGUUCAUCUCAUUUUAUCCUGCUUGUGGCCUGCUUUUCGGCCUUGUUUAUUACAUUAAGCUGACUGAAAAAAAGAUGUUUGAUUUAAUAAUUUCCUUGAUUUUUAUUGCAUAUUACGUUUAUUUUUCCCUGACUUCACUGUAACCCAAAGAAACACUAGAUCAUAAUGAAUCCUCUGAAAUAUUAAUUUCUCUGCUCAAGUGAAGGCUGUGAAGCUCCCGUUGAAGUGUUUACAGCUCUGUGACAACCAAAAAAAAGGACAAAACAUUUGGACACGGUUGAUUCUGGAGCAGUUUAGAUCAAUUCAAACCCUGAAAAUCGAAUAAAUGAAUCGAUGACUAUUUAUUGGACCUGAUGGUAGAUUUGCAGCAGAAUGCGAAGCUCUGAAUGACGUUUGCAUUGAAUUUAUAUUUGCAAUCUUGUCCAUUUUAUUUCAGAGCGUUUAUGGCAUUGUGAAUAAAUGCGGAAGCAAUUUAGACAUUAAUUUCUUACGAAAAUAAAAAAAUGCAUGUUUUUUUUUUUCUUUUUUUUUUUUCUUUUUCCUAGUCAUGCAAGUGAACAUCCAUCUGGGAGUUUUGUUGAAGUGGCUAAACUGUGUUUGGGUGUGAAAGAAAGUGCCUCUUAAUUAUUCAGGGGAAAUAUUGUAUCAAUAUGAUUUGCAAUCUCGCAGUUAUGACUGAAAUCAUCUUCACAUGCACAUAUAUAACUGUCUCUGUCUGUGUCUCUUCCACACCUGCAUAUGAAGCGUUCACUUUCUGUUUAUUAAGCAUUCCACAUAUUCAUAUUCUGGAUCAUCGUUGCCAAGUCCACAGCUGAAAACCCCAAAUCUGACCUUUUUUAUUUGUAUGUCAUUCUGAAUAAACAUUGCAA